UUGCAGGAAAUUGCAUGCUACAUGGGUUUAGAGCUUGAAAAGAUCAAGAUAAAGCGGUUUGCUGAUGGAGAGAUAUAUGUUCAAUUACGAGAGAGUGUCAGGGGAUGUGAUGUAUUUCUAGUGCAACCUACAUGCCCUCCAGCAAAUGAGAAUCUUAUGGAGCUUCUGAUAAUGAUUGAUGCUUGCAGAAGAGCAUCAGCUAAGACCAUUACUGCAGUGAUUCCAUAUUUUGGGUAUGCUAGAGCUGACAGAAAGACUCAAGGCCGUGAGUCCAUUGCAGCCAAACUUGUAGCAAACCUUAUUACAGAAGCAGGUGCAAACCGUGUUCUUGCUUGUGAUCUUCAUUCCGGGCAGUCAAUGGGUUACUUUGAUAUUCCAGCGGAUCAUGUAUAUGGGCAGCCUGUUGUUCUCGACUACCUAGCCAGCAAAAAUAUUUGUUCUGAUGAUUUGGUUGUGGUUUCACCUGAUGUUGGAGGAGUUGUUAGAGCACGUGCAUUUGCCAAGAAGUUAUCAGAUGCGCCAUUAGCCAUUGUUGAUAAAAGGCGUCAUGGGCACAAUGUUGCUGAGGUGAUGAAUCUGAUCGGAGAUGUUAAAGGGAAAGUUGCAGUGAUGGUGGAUGACAUGAUAGAUACUGCCGGUACUAUCUCAAAAGGUGCAGCUUUGUUACAUCAAGAGGGGGCCAGAGAAGUCUAUGCCUACAGUACACAUGCUGUUUUCAGCCCUCCUGCUAUUGAGAGGCUAUCCAGCGGUCUUUUUCAAGAAGUGAUCAUCACGAACACCAUACCAGUGUUGGAGAAGAAUUACUUUCCACAGCUUACAGUUCUGUCGGUAGCUAACCUAUUGGGCGAGACAAUUUGGCGAGUUCACGAUGACUGUUCUGGUACCUCUGAACCCUAUUCCAGCCUGAGCAUUGAUUGAUCCAAUC